AUGUUAGCAUUUGUGCACAUUUGUAUCAAUAGCGCUAUUAUAUCAGUAAGUUAUUUGCUGAAUUUAAAUUUAGGAGAAAAUCCCAGUGAUUUUCAGUUAUUUUUGAUUGUCACAUGUAACACAAAGAAAAACGUGUCGCAAAAAUGUCCGGUUCGAAAAGUCGGAACAUCGGUGCUCGACAAGAGCUACAAAUCCGAAGAUGAUAGCACAAAGACGGCAAAAUCGCGCAAGAAAUCGAAAGUGAGCAAGCAGCACGCGCAGAAGAAGAAAAAGAGCAAGCAGAAGAAGCCGAAGGAAAAAGCGGGCGACAAAAAGAAGAGCAGCCAAAAUGGUGCGAAAAAAUCGAUUAAUUAUACGGAUACGGAGCAAACGCAAACGCAAGCGGAUGAGUCGGAUGUGCAAAUGACGCAAGCGGAUAGCAGUGCGGAACCGAGACGCGCUUCCGGAAUACGGACGGCUAUACGAGGGUGAGUGCCCCUGUUUUUUUUUAAAGCAACCCUGACACACUUUUUUUCGCAGGCAAUCCAUGGCCAAGACCAAAACUGCGCUAAGUCCAUCAGUUGGGGUAAGUUAGAUUCUAGGUUGAAAAAAAUAUUUGAAAAUUUUCAGACGCCUUCGAAAACACCGCAUCAUCAUCAUCACGGCAAACAUAAAUAA